AUGCCCAUGUUCCAGCCACCGCCACCACCACAGCCGCAGCCGCGCAUCGUUACCUUCAAGAUGUUGAAGGAUAAUGGAGCGGAAGAGUUCCGAGGAGACAAGAUGGGGGAGCCCCAGAUUGCAUUGGAUUGGCUUGAGCAGAUGGACCGGGUACUCAAGAAUUUGAGAGUCCCAGAUGCUGAUCGCUCGGAGUUGGCGUCACAGAUGUUCCGGAAGGGAGCAUAUGAUUGGUGGAAGCGCAUUGACCAGGAUCCACACACGCCCAAGCCGUGGACCUGGGAUCGCUUCGAUCGAGCCUUCACGAAGGAGUACGUCCCCACCCGGUACCGCGAGGAGAGGCGCGAUGAAUUCGUUGCGCUUAAGCAGGAGGGGAUGUCACUGCCUGAACUGAGACAGAAAUUCGACUACCUGUCCCAGUAUGCGACGAGUCUGGUCUCCACUCCGGAGGAUUGUUUGAAUGAGUUCGUCAAGAAGCUACGGCCGGACUUGAGGCCGUACGCCGCACUGAUCACGACGACAGAUUUUAAUGCGGCAUAUGAUUUGAUUGUGAAGACGGAAAAGAGCUUGGACGAUCUGCAGGCAACCAAGAAGGAGGAUCGAGCGACGAAAGACCCGAGAGAAAGAGGGCAUUUCAGGAGGCAUUGCCCGACAAACCCUAGCAGCAAGCCUGUUUUACCUAGAGCUCCGGAUCAGCCUGCCGCAUCACAUCCAGCACGGAGUCAGCAGUCUACGGCCGCAAAUAAUCAGCAGAGAGCACGUCCGCAGCCGUCAGGCCAGGCACCAGCGCGUACCUACGCCAUGCAUGGGCGCACAGAUCCUAGUCCCGAUGUUAUCUUGGGUACGUUCAUACUAUUUGAUUCGGUUAUGCAUGCCUUGAUCGAUCCGGGUUCUACGCUCUCCUAUAUCUGUGUUGGCAUGCCUGCUAAUUCUGCGAUUGUGAGGAGUGACCUUGAGAUACCUACUGUUGUAUCGAAUCCGCUAGGACAUAGCAUGCGUCUUCAUCACAUUUAUCAGAGGUGUCCGUUGUCCGUGCAAGGGAAGCAAUUCCCUGCAGAUUUGAUAGAGCUACCACACAAGGAGUUUGACAUUAUCCUUGGUAUGGAUUGGCUCACCGAGCAUAGAGCAGUGGUCGAUUGCAGUUGUCGGACCGUACGGCUGAGAGUCGAGGACGGUAGCGACGUAUCACUCUCCGGGGAAGUGUUCCCCAAGACUCCCGAGUUCAUAUCGUCCUUGAGCGCGAGGCGCUUGAUUCGCAAAAAGUGCGAGAUGUUCCUGUGUCACGUUCAGGAUAUGCAAAAAGAAUCACCACGUCAGCUGGACAUUCGUACGGUUUGCGACUUCCCCGAUGUCUUUCCCGAAGACCUACCUGGUUUACCUCCACCGAGAGAGGUAGAAUUCUCGAUCAAUCUCAUUCCGGGAGGAGCAUGCUAGACAUUUGCAAUU